UCGAGUCAAUUCUGGUCUCUCUCUAGCAAUUAGCCAACAAUUCUCGUGGGGAUUUGUCACAACCGGAAUGGAGAUCGACUAUUGGAACAAGCUUGUGCUUGCGCCGAUGGUCCGAGUUGGCACGAUGCCAUUCAGGAUGCUGGCUGCUGAAUAUGGUGCUCACAUCACAUAUGGGGAGGAGAUAAUUGACCACAAAAUCCUCAAAUGCGAGCGCCGAGUUAAUGAUGUGCUUGGGACUGUUGAUUUGGUCGAGAGAGGAACAGAGAGUGUAGUUUUCAGAACAUGUCCUGAAGAAAAAAAUCGAGUGGUGUUCCAGAUUGGAACUUCAGAUCCUGUGAGAGCUCUUCGCGCUGCCCAAACUGUGUGCACGGAUGUUGCUGCUGUGGACAUAAAUAUGGGUUGCCCCAAGGCCUUCUCUGUUAGUGGUGGAAUGGGCGCUGCACUCUUGAGCAAACCAGAUCUCAUUCAUGAUAUUUUAACAACAUUGAAAAGAAAUCUUGAUACACCAAUAACAUGCAAGAUUCGUCUGUUGAAAUCUCCCCAAGAUACAGUAGAACUAGCACGAAGAAUUGAGAAAACUGGAGUUUCUGCUUUAGCUGUCCAUGGAAGGAAAGUUUCCGAUAGGCCAAGAGAUCCAGCUAAGUGGAAUGAAAUUGCGGAUGUUGUAGCUGCUGUUUCUAUUCCAGUUAUAGCAAAUGGUGAUGUAUUUGAGUAUGAAGAUUUUGAACGCAUUAAAUUGGCAACAGGUGCUUCAUCUGUGAUGGUUGCUAGAGGUGCACUUUGGAAUGCCUCAGUUUUUUCUCCUAAAGGAAAAUUACCUUGGGAAGACGUUAAAAGAGAGUUCGUUAGGAAGAGCAUUUUUUGGGAUAAUGAUGUCAAGACCACUAAAUACACAUUGAAAGAAAUGAUUGUGCACCAUUCCUCUCUUGAACGUCCUGAGGGCAAGGCUAUAAAUAAAUCUGAGACAUUGGCAGAUCUGGCACAAUUAUAUGAGGAGGAUAUAUACUACAAGCAUCUUCUUAAAAGUCGACCGUCCUUUUGAAGAAGCAGAUAACAUUAUUUGACUGUCGAGGAAACGACAGGUUCGCCCAAUUUCAUGGUGGAACUUUUUGUUACAGAAGAUAGGUUUAAAGUAGUGAUAGCAUUAGAUAUAAAUAAAAGCAUUUUGGUUAGAAUAUUGUGCAGAAAUAGUGUUGUUGUAUCUCAAUUUUCACUAAAUUUAUGGGUAAUUUCUCUGUUUUCACCAACAUCUGAGUUUUGAAUAGCCUAAAGGUUAACUCGCGUGAAAUACUUAUGUUUAAUGGAUUUACUUUCUACUGUA